AUGUCAAACGAGUCCCAGCAUGAACAUAUCUCGAGCUUUGUUGCAUUCCGUGCAGGGUCGACGGUCGGAGAUGUUGCCACAUUUGAGGCUGGAAGCGUCAAUGUCACGGCACAACCAGAGCGAACAACUCAAGUUUUGUCUCCUUCAUCGUCUACUCCUUCUUCCAAUGGAUCUGUUUGGACGGACGAUGAACUUUGCAUUGCUGUAGGAGGUGGCAUUGUGAUUUUUGCGAUGCUCUGCAUCAUGUUUGUCAGCCACAAGCGUCGGUGGAGAAAAACGAAAGGCAUCUCGUCUCAGCCGUCACCACGCAUCCUCGAAGCGUUCAUGCGAAACUCGCAAGUUGAAAAUCCUCAGGAACUCUAUCGUCUUGAAACCAGCUCAUUUUCGUCGUCGGCAAUUUCGUUUGGCUCACGAGCGUCUUGUUUCCAGGCGAACCAAGAGGAAGAGAGCGAGUCUUGGAAUCAUCCAAAGGUGCUAGCAGUUCGCGUCUCGGUCAGUGAAAUUUUUCUCGAUGAACUCGUUGCACGUGGGAUAAACAGUGAGGUGUAUCGCGGUCAAUACAGGAAUCAAACUGUAGCGAUUAAGAAACCACUCCCGCAGUGGCUCGGAGAUCGCGACAACCUCAUUGAUUUUUUCGCUAGAGUCAAGGUAUUAUCAUCUCCGUCAUUGACGCACCCCAGUAUGGUAUCAUUCUUAGGUGUAUCUUGGAAAUCGCUCAUCUACGUGUGUAUCGUGUCUGAAUUCAUGGCCGGCGGAGACCUUCGCACGUUCUUGAAUCGACGACAAUAUCAGAAUGAUCUACCAAGAGGAGGUUUAUGUCGACGAGGGUUUUGCCGUCAGAAAGUAAAGCUCGCGUCACAGGUAGCAAGUGCAUUAAGCUUCUUGCACGCCCAAGGGCUUGUUCACAGUGCCGUACGGUCUCGAAAUAUCCUCCUUGAUUCAAAACUCAAUGCGAAGUUGACUGGUUUCAUAGGAAGUAGCAUUCAGCCAGCCAUCGAUCGAAGGAGGCCCAGUCUUGAUUCAUCAACCAUUCUAGUGCCGCCAGCUUCCACCUCAAUUGGAGUCACGGAGAAGUUACGACGAGAGCGUAGUCGACUCGAUGCUCUUUGGAGCGCACCUGAGGUACUUCGAGGCGAGCGCAGCAAUGCGAAAACCGACAUGUUUUCAUUUGGGGUGGUGCUGGCCGAGCUAGACUCUCUGACUCUUCCUUAUGGAUGCAGCAGCCAAGUUGGAGUGCAUAGUGACAGUGCCGAGUUACUGGAAAAAGUUGCGGCGAAGCAUGUCCGUGUGCACUUUUCGAGCUCUGCAAGAGUUAGACACGGACAACGAGGGUCAUCAUUACCCGCAGAGAUGGACUUUCGCAUCACUGAGGUAGUCGUGCGUCUAGGCAAGGCAUGCGUGGCGUUAAAUGCUUCCGAACGCCCUUCAGCCGCACAGGUAUCGAUCGAACUUCACAAGCUCCUACAAACACUGAACCCAAGCUUAUCAGUACACUGA